CCUCUGCAGGGAGUCUGACCAGGUCAGCUGGGAAUGCCUGUCAGCCAUCCAGGGUGGCUCCUGCGUGGGCCUGGAGGUGGGUGAGUGACUCACGCUGGUGCCCUCUCCACCCCCAUGCCCAAAUGCUCAGCCCUCCCCGGGCCGGGGCUCACCUAAUCCCCACAGUGGGAGUCGGGGGGCAUUUGCGCCUGAGCCGAGGGCUAGGGUUGCAGCGCGGUGACUUCACACUCAGCAGCAUGUGCAGCUGAGGCCUCCGUGCAGCAGGCUCCCGCGAGGUGGGCAGCGAGGUCAGCUUGGCAGCCGCUGCCUCUCCAGCCCCGAUCUGGCCGCAGGCAGCCGGUUCCCCGAGACCCAAGGAAGGGAUGGCCGAACAAGAAGCCAGUGGGCUGCAGGUCCUGCUGCGCACGCUUCAGAACUCCUCUGACAGGGAGUCCAUCCUGAACAUCCUCCAGGUUCUCGGAGAUCUGCUUUCUGUUGGCACUGACCGAAGGAUUCGCUACAUGAUCAGUAAGGGUGGCAGUGAGGCCCUUCUGCAGACCCUGGUGGACACAGCGAGGGCAGCCUCUCCAGACUAUGAUGUCCUCCUGCCCCUGUUCCGGCUGCUGGCCAAAGUUGGCCUACGAGAUAAAAAGUUUGGACAGAAGGCACUGGAGUUGGAAGCACUUGAUGUGACGUUAAUUCUGGCCAGGAAGAACCUAUCUCACAGUCAGAACCUCCUCCACUGUCUCUGGGCUCUGCGUGUGUUCUCCUCCAGUGUCACCACAGGAGCCAUGCUGGGAAUUAAUGGAGCAAUGGAACUUCUUUUCAAGGUCAUCACCCCUUACACCCAGAAGCGCACCCGAAUAAUCAGGGCCGCCACCGAAGUUCUGGCAGCAUUGCUGAAAUCCAAGUCUAACAGCCGCAGGGCUGUGAACAGAGGCUACGUCACCAGCUUGCUCAGGCUGCAUCAGGACUGGCACGGCCAUGACACAGCCAAUACCUAUGUGCUGAUCCGCCGGACGCUUCUGCUCUGCCUCAAGCACAUUGCCAACCUCCGGUCUGGCAGGGAGGCCUUCCUGGCAGCUCAGGGCAUGGAGAUCCUCUUCAGCACCACACAGAACUGCCUGGAUGACAGAAGUUUGGAACCCAUUGUCUCCGUCGUAGUUCAGAUCCUGAGACAGUGCUACCCAAAGAGCCCACUUCCCUUGGUCACAGCCACCAGUGCCUACGCCUUCCCAGUCCCUGGGAGCAUCCCUUCCGAACCUCCGUGUGUUCUAACUGAAGAGGAUUUUGAAGAUGACGCUGAUGAAGAAGUUGAUAAAGAUUCAGAUUCUGAAGAGGUGAAAGACCAAGAUGAUGAUUUGGAAACAGAUGUGAACAAGCUGAGUUCCAAACCUGGUCUUGACCGACCCGAGGAGGAACUGAUGCAGUACGAGGCAAUGUGUCUUGAGCUCUCCUGCAGCUUCGAGGAACUCAAGUCUCAAUCUGGAGAUGAUUUGAAGUUCGAAGAGACUCAGUAUGCCAAUCAUCACCACAUUCCAACUGUCGCCUCCCCAAAGUGGCAUGGUUUGAAUAAGGACCAAAGUUCUUGGAAGCAAGGAAGAGAAGACAUGGUCCAGACUUCCCUUCUGAGCAAGGUGAAGAUGGGGAGGUCCACCAUGCAUCCAGCCUCCAGAAAAGGACUUGGGAUGAACCCAUGCCAAAACAUGCAAUCCAAUCGAUUUGGGAUAGAUUCUUCUGGAAAAGAAAUCCCUGACAUUCAAGCUUCCCUCAAACAGGAUGCUUGGGACAUAGAUGUUAUUUCCUGCCCAAUGAUUAGUGCCUCCUUUUCCAAUUCCGCUAGGCCUAGAGAAACUGAUGAAGUAAUAGAUAAGCUUCUGCAGACACAUCCCAAGCCUGUCCCCUUCCAUGACCCCUGUCUCUAUAUGGCCAAAGCAAGAAGAACCAGAUCUGUGGCCGACUUCAAGACGAUGGCAUUUCCUGACCUCUGGGGACAUCGUCCACCACCCUCUGCCCAGUCGAUGUUGGAACGCAAAUGUGGAGUCCAAAGGAUCAAGAUAUUUGAGGAUGUCCGGAGGCUCAUCCAGCCAACUGAUAUUAUAAAUAAAGUCGUCUUCAGUUUAGAUGAGCCUUGGCCUUUGCAAGACACUGCUUCCGAUUGCUUGCGGUUCUACUCCAAGUUUGAGUCAGGAAAUCUCCGCAAAGCCAUCCAAGUGCGUGAGCUGGAAUAUGACUUGCUGGUCAAUGCUGAUGUGAAUAGCAGCCAACAUCAACAGUGGUUCUACUUCAAGGUGAGCGGCAUGAGAGCUGCUGUUCCGUACCGCUUCAACGUCAUCAACUGUGAGAAGCCCAACAGCCAGUUUAAUUACGGAAUGCAGCCAACUCUGUAUUCUGUGAAGGAGGCUCUUCUUGGCAGACCCACCUGGAUACGGAUGGGCUAUGAAAUCUGCUAUUACAAAAAUCAUUAUCGCCAGAGCACUGCUGUCACAGGGGGAGCAUCUCAGAAGCAUUUUUAUACCCUCACCUUUGUGGUCAACUUCCCCCACAAUGAGGACGCCUGCUACCUGGCCUACCACUAUCCCUACACCUAUACUGCCCUCAUGACUCACCUUGACAUCCUGGAAAAAAGUGUGAACCCCAAGCAAGUAUACUUCCGCCAGGAUGUUCUCUGCCAGACUCUGGGAGGGAAUUCAUGUCCAUUGGUGACCAUCACAGCCAUGCCCGAGUCCGAUAGUGCUGACCACCUGGAACAGUUCCGGCAGCGUCCAUGCCAGGUGAUCACGGCCCGAGUGCACCCAGGAGAAAGCAAUGCCAGCUGGGUGAUGAAGGGGGCCUUGGAGUUCCUGGUCAGCAGUGACCCUGUGGCUACACUCCUGAGGGAAAACUUCAUUUUCAAGGUCAUCCCCAUGCUCAAUCCCGAUGGUGUCAUCAAUGGCAAUCACAGAUGCUCACUGAAAGGGGAGGAUUUGAACAGACAAUGGCUCUCUCCCAGUGCCCAUCUCCAGCCAACAAUCUACCAUGCCAAAGGACUCCUGUACUACCUGAGCAGUAUUGGCCGAAGUCCCAGGGUAAAGUUCAAGAUCGAAGAAUCAGAACAUUGAUUGCCUCUGUAAAGGGAUUCAAUAAUAGGGGCCAGGAGGGAACUAUUGAGGUUAGUAGAAAUGUUCUGUAUCUCAGUUAGAGUCACUUACACCAAAACCCAUUGAUUAAAGGCUCAUUCGAGGUCUAUGCAUGUCACUCUAGGUACAUAUUUACCUAAAUACAAAAAAUUAAAGAUAAAUAAAUCAAAGCAUAGUCACAGGGACUUUGAAAUGCAACCAGGAAGCAAAGGGUCCUGCUUAUAAUGAGACCUACCAGCACACAGGCAUGCAAUUCAAGCCAAGGAAGAGCACACAGCAGAGUAAAAAGCUGUAGAAGAAGAUCUAUUUAUUAGUCAGAAAGGUCCAGCCAGAGAAAAGGCAUGCAAGCAGAGAAGCCCGAAGAACAGACAGCCUCCACUGUCAGCUGGUAGGAGGCAAUGAGCCCAUUCCACUUUGUAGAACUCCCUACCAGAGGUAGGAGGCCUGAGGCCUAGGGGGAGACAGGCAUAGCUAAGGGGAGUGGAGGAAAGCUCUCAGGCUCCAUGAGGUUUCCAGAAACCCAGGCCACAGCCUCUUCCAGGCUGCUGUGUUGCAGCUGGCCUGGCCCCUGUGCCACUGCAGAGAAUCUGGGCUUCGAAAUUAGGAGUGCUAUCGAUUCUCAUCCUCUUGGCUCUCUCUGUAGGCGUGCGUGCUGGUAAAGGGAUUUCAGUGCUCUUUGAAGAGCUCAUUGAUUCCCACUUACAACUUAGACAAACUAGGCCGCCUUCUGCCAAGGGACAGGGUGGGCAUAUUUUGGUUUUAUCUUUCUCUGGGGCCCAGUGGAACAGAAUUUUUAGCUACUUAAAUGAUUUUCUUGGUCUUAUACUGUCCCUCUGGCAUAUGUUUUGAGUUAAUCAGCUUCUUUUCAGAGACAAAAGGAGAGAGCAAAAAGGGAUGGCAUGUGUCUUCCUAAAACCUUGUCCCCAGAGCCUCAAGAUACUCUAUACACACUAUUGAUUUUAUCUCCACUUUACUCCUCAGAAGUGGCAGAAGGACAAGUGUUAUUUUUGCUUAUUUUCAUUGAUUCAUGCUAAGGUACACAUCUAGAAUUCCCCUUUUCCUGUGUAAGGAUGUGGUAGGGGAAAAAAAAAAAUCUUGCUGCCAUAGUUGGGAAAUGGGAAGGUUCUGGGUGAAAGAAAUUUAAAUUUGAUUCCAUAUUCUUUUAUUUAAAAUUGUUCUCAUUCUAUCAGAAUAAAGAUUAAACAGUGCUUCUCUAACAUACCAGAAGUCAUGUCUUAGAGGUAUUUUUAUAGGCACAAGUACUCCACAUUUAAGUGAAUUGCUAACAUUUCUUGCAUAAAUUUAUGUUGAAAAGCAGAGAAUUUUUUCUUCUUUCUCCCUUGCUAGUAUCUCUGAUAUACCUUUUGAGUAUUACAAAGCUGGAAAUCUGGAUUCUCCAUAUGCCACAGGGAAGGCCAGUCAGAUUUUUCAAAGAAGUUUGAGCCAAUUCCCUAUUUUUCAUUUUUUUGUGAGCAAAGCUGGGAGGUGGAGUGGAGGGGAACACAGGAGGGUAGUUGCAUAAACCAAUGUGAAGGUGCCUCUGCCCAGAGCUGGUGGGAUGGGGAGAAGGCAAGAAAUGCGUGAAGACAGGACCAGAUGGAUGAGCCACACUGCAAGAUUGUUCUCCGUGAGGGUGGGCCACAGGUAAAAACAGGCUUCAAAUGAAGGCGUUGGAGACCUGUGCUUCAUCCGUUCAAUACAUAUGCUCAAGGAGAACUUGAGCAGGGCAGCAAUGAUCAUGGCUAAUGGCAUUGGACACAGAGCUCAAAGCACUAGUCCCAGAAAGUAGGGGUUGCCAACCAUAAAGCACAGUUCAGUCUAGGAGGCCAAGACAGCCAACAGUUCUUGAAGACAGGAAUGUACAUCAGGAAACUGAGGCAACCUCCUUACAUGGAGUGGGUAAGCAUGGUGGUGGGUCAGCAUUUAUACUCUGCCCCUGGGUUUAUCUAGACAACUUGGACAUCUGCCAUGGGUCAAAAACAUUAGUCUUGGCCCCACCUUUGGGGAAGACAUGAGUCCCAGUAACACUUCUGCUCUGAUUGGGAUUGGCACACAAAAUGGGUAUAUUAACACUCUUGCCUUGAGAGCCUCAGUACCUGCAAUUGAGUGAGGCAAACAGUAGGGACCUCACCCAUGCUGACAGGUCACUGGGACUGUGUCCAAAGGUGACAGUCAGGCUGCUGCUUCUCUCCCUUCAACCUCUAAAACUGGGGAAGGAAGCAAUUUUAACUCCUGAGGAACCUCCCAAGGCCUCACUGUUCAAGUGCCCUGCCAGGGUGUUAAGCUUAUUGCUACUCAUAGAGGGCCAGCCAAUCAGAGACGGGGAGUAAAACUCAGCUAAGGUGAGGCCCCAGGGUAAGCCCGGUAGCUCAAUCUUAAUUUCAUUAAUUGACAAUCUUGUUAUACUGCUCUUUAAAAAAAAAAAAAGUUUCUUUUUAUUUAUUUUGAGAGAGACAUAGAGAGCAGGUGGGAGAGAAGCAGAGAGAGAGGGAGACAGAAUCCCAUGCAGGCUCUGCACUAUCAGCACAGAGCCCAACACGAGGUUCGAACUCACAAACCAUGAGAUUGUCACCUGAAUUGGAGUCAAAAGUGAGAGGCUUAAACGACUGAGCCAUCGAGGCUCCCCAUACUGCUCUUCAUCACUGGUACAUCCAAUGAUUUGAAAUAUUUUAUUGUGUAAAAUCUUUGGAGCCCAGACAGAUCGGAGUAUGAGAUAGAGCAUCUCUUUUUAAUGGGUGGCCAUGGGCAAGCAUUUAACCUCCUUCUACUUAGCAGAAGUUGAACCUCAUCUGUAAGUUUGGGUGAUAUCUUCCUUGUGGGACUUUUAUACUGACUGUAGAUGUGCAUAAAGUCUUACGGUGUGACCGGCACAUAUCAAGCAGUCUAAUUAAUGGCAGACAUUAAAUUUAUUAUUACUUACCAGAAGGGUGCUACAUAGAAAACAGAGCCACAUAUUAGACUAUAUGUUUUGACUUAAUUUAUGUGGGCACUUUCAAUGUAAUUAAACUAUCUUGGAACAAAGGACAAUGUAAUGCAUAACACUAGGAUGUCAGAAAACCUCCUCUGGCAUUUCAUAACAUGUAGUAAAGGGUCCCACUCUGGGUGGUCUCCUAACUGGUUAGUUAUUGAAGCAUCUCCUGAGUUUAAUGUGAAAUUAUUCACCCCACACUAGCCAUGGGAGGGGGUCAAACUGACUUGUAAGUAAAGGUUGCUUUUGCUAAGGCCAUGUUGGAACUUUAGCCCAUAAUGGCCCAAUUUAAGUAGAAGUCUCUCCCUUUAAGAAAGGGAAUAGGGCAUAAAAUCCCCUUUUCAGAUAGUUGUAGGAAUAAAUUCUGCCCAGGCCCCCUGUGGUUAAACUCAGCCAUGACUGGACAUUGCUCUCUCUCAGGUGAAACACAAAGGAGAGAGCAUGACUGUCAGUAAAAGGACUGGAAAAUUUGGUCUUGCAAACAGGGCUCUUGGAGGACAAUUGAAUAUGCCACCAAGGUGAUUUCCCUCAUAGAGAUGUUUGCUGCACUCAGGAGCUUGGGCUGAAUGCUGUCCGCAACAUAAUGUGCACAAGUUGGAAUCUCCAGGGCUUCAGUGAGCCUUGCUCGGUUUAAUUGGAAGCAUUGCUGUUUUGGGUUUUCAUCACAUACCCCAGAAUUUGCCUUCUCAUGGCUCCAGCCUCACCUUCAUUUUCCUGUGGCGGUGGCAUAAAUAAUGCAGAGGUCUCACUGCUGGGAAGCAGGAACGAGACCCAGAUGUCAGGAAUGGAAAACACAGCAGCCUAAAGCUGGCGGAGCAGAGCAGUAAACACAGUCAGGGAUAGGUGAGCUGUGAGGGUAAGAGUCAGCCAGGGGAGCUGUGUUUGAGAUGGGGGUUAACCUCUUGCAUAAGGGCCCAAUUAGCUUGCUGAGGACCAGGAAUGGGACUAGGGAGGGAGGGGAAAGGUGGGGAAGGCAUGUGAGGAGCAUAGUAAUGUGGCCCCGAACAGCCUCUUUGUUGCCCGAGAAAUGAUAGAACUCAUGUUGUGCAUGAAUUAAAUUAACCUUGCAAUUUGGCUCAGACAAGAAUUCAUUGGAAAAGGUACUGGGGAGAUGCAUAAGAGCCUGAUUUCAGAAUCGUAAUCCAAUCAACACCAUCCACUUUGCUGAUGGAGAAAGCGAGACACCGGGGAGUGGGUUUAGCCCGGGGUGAGCAAGUUCAAAACUCACCACUCCAGCUCAAACAAAACACAACUUAAUGAAAAGAAACCUCCACAUCUUCAUCUCUGCCUGUGUUCCUAUGUUCCUUGCCUUGGGGGAAAGCAUGAUCCUCUUGCCUAUAUUCACUUAAUCCAGAAAUCUAGGGAGUAUCCGUAACCUCUUCCUCACUUGGCCCCUAGAUACAUUUAGUCUCCAACUCCUGUAGAGUUUCCUUCCUCCCUCUGUCACCCAAUGUCCUUUCUCUCCAUACUUGAGCUGCCAUAAGCUCCAUACUUCUGCAUUAGUGAGGCUCCUGUCACCUCUGGUGCCUGGUGUCAGUCUCUCUGGUGAACUCUUGGAGCUCCUGUUGUGGUGGUCUGACCAUGCUGCCCCUCCUUGCGCAAGCACUUUAACGGCUCCUUCCCUGCCUUCAGGAGAAUGUCCAAACAUCCCAGAGCGGUGCGCAGGGGCAUCACUCACUGCCUGCUGCCCGCUUGCAGACCCCAAGGUACUGUCCUCUGCAGACUUACUCUGAAUGCUUGCAUUUCCUCAGAUCCAGGGCGGUUUCUUUCUCAUUCCGUUUGCUUGGAUAGCUCUCACCCAGUAGGACUCAAGGUAGGAUACCCUGCCCACCAGCAAAUCCUAGGACCCCUACAUCGUGCAUCUUCAAGACUGCUGUUCAUUUGGACUCUGCAACGUGCCCUUAUUUGGGUUCUCGGAGACCCCGUACUUACCUCUGCUUGCACCCUCCUCUCACCGCGAGAGGGUUUCCAGUAUACCCACGGGAUCAUCCCAACAAAACAGCUCCUGGAAGAGGCAAUAUGGAAAUCUAAAAAGCACUUUUGAAACAUGGAUUCUGGAUUAGAACAUGCUGGGGUUCAAAUAUUUACUCACAUACUUAAAAGCAGUGCAAACUUGGGCGCACCUGGACAGGUUAUUCAUUUUAUCUGAAAUUGUUUUCUCGGCUGCAAUGGGAUAAUGGUAGCACCUGUUUCAUCAUGAGAUAAUCUAUAUCAAGUUAUUAGCUCAGGAUCUGAAACGUCAUAAGCCUUCGAUAAAAUAACCAUUGUUGCCAUUGUUGGCAUUGUUAUUAAGGACGUUGCUGUAUUAUAUUAAAAUUUUAAUUUCUCCUGCCCCCAAAGCAGGCAUUCAGUAAAUAUUUGUUGAAUCCACUGAAGAAUAAGCAAGAUAGGACCAUAGGUUAACCUGGGCAGACUUCCUACUUACCUGGCACAGAAUUUUACAGAAAGGAAGCGUUAAGUGUUACUUCUUCCCAUAGGAGAGAAAAACUCCCUCACCAGAAAUAACUUGAUAAUUUAACUUGUAAUUGCCACCUAUAAUUUAGAAGAACACACGUUUCUUAUAAUUAAUAAGCAUUUAUUUUUAGGGAUAUCAUUUGAGCAAAAAGCUGGGCAAUGUCUGCCUCUCCUCUAUUCUGAGUCUCCAGUGGCCACUAGAAGUCCCAGGGCUAAGCAGUGCUUAUUCCCACAGGUGACUAAGUCUAUACUUUCUCACUGACAUCAGCUUCCAGAAUCCGUAAGGAUCAGAAAACAAAAACAAAAACAAAAAAACUCCUUACUCUGAUUGAAUUCAGCAUUUAAGGAGCGCCUGUCACCACAUAGGCAAAGCUUCUAGCUUUAUGGAGAAAUCUGUUGCUAAGACACAGUCUUCAUUUGUUUGCACACUUUUCAUAAGAAUGGUGGGCAUUUAAUUCACAGAGAGACAUUGAGGUGUAAGAGAUAAAGGUUGGUGGCAAGUUCAUUCUGUCAGAGGAUUAAACCUCCAACAAGUCUAUUGGUUCCUUUAGGCUAGAGGCUUUCAAAGCAUAGGCUUGGGACCCAGGUAUCAGCACCACCAGGAAUUGCUAAAAAUGCAAAUUCCCAGGCCUGCUCCAAUCUUAACUGGAAUCUCACAAUUGCUGCUGAGUGGUUUACAGUCUGAACUUUGGCAAGCCUUCUAGGUCAUUCUGACACUCAACAACAUGUGAGAUCACUGCUCUAAACCCUUGACAGGAACAGUGGUUUUCAACCCUGCCUGCACAUUAGAAUCACCUGGAAAACUGAAAAAUAUCCCAUAGCCCUGGUUGUCACUGCAGACCAAUUAAAUAAAAAUUUCUGGAGGUGGGCUCCAGGCAUUGAUAUUUUUAUAAUCUCAGGAGAUUUUAAUGCAGGGACAGGAUGGAGAAACACUGACCCACUGAUGGAGAUGUAUUUGUUGGAAAUGACAGAAUCUUGCUCAAAGUAACCCAAGUAGUAAGAUAGUUUUGGAGGAAAGAAGUCCCCUAAUCUUACAGGAACUAGAAAGCACCAAAAGUCUGGACAGUUCUUCUUCCCAUCUCUCAUGUUUCUCUUUCUACUGCCACAUUUUCUGUUUUCUUCUUUUCUCUAUGCAUUUGCCUAACUACACCCCUCUUUAGGGAACAACUUAUUCUGCUCCAUCACUGUUUCCAUGCUUUCAUUCUGUGUCUUGUGUGUGGUUUGACUUGUCAUUGGACCGACUCCCUCUUCCCAGAUCUGCUUAUCACCCUCUCUGGCUCUGGCACCCACAGCUCAGUGAUAUGUGGAAGCUGGGAGAUUUAUUUUCUCAGAAGACAUCAACCUGAAACAAGAAUAAAGGAUUCCACAUAAAGAAAAAUAAA